GAUGUCAACAGAUGCAUGGAGCUGUCGACAUGGAACUGCCAGUCGUUUUUAUUACCAAACGCCUUUGGGUUUAAAAUGACUGGUUUGAGAAUGAGAGGCGUCGGCCAUGGAGUGUUGGUGCUGUCCGUUUUGCUGUUAUUCCUAAAUCCAUGCGUGCUAGAGCGAGUUGAGAGAGAAAAUUCACUGGACCUGCACGAGAGAGAUGACGACGGGGGAGGUGUGAAACAGGACGCGGCUGAAAACCUGCAAACAUUCAUAAAACAUGAAAAGGAAGAUGGAUCCGAUUCAAACGUCCCCCAGAAGAAUGGACAGUCUGUCAGUAAGUCCAAUGACACUGAUAACUACACCAAUGAGACCCUCCACUCUACAACACCUGAUGUCAAGCCAACGACCCUUGCACCCCCAACCCCCAAGCCCAUUCUGCCCGUGCAGACAGGGGUCAAGGCCCAAGAAGAAGAGCAGUCCAGCGGGAUGACCAUAUUCUUCAGCCUGCUGGUUAUUGGUAUCUGCAUCAUAUUGGUGCACUUACUUAUCAAGUUCAAGCUGCAUUUUCUUCCGGAGAGUGUGGCUGUGGUGUCCCUCGGGAUUCUAAUGGGAGGCUUCAUCAAGAUUAUUGAGUUCCAGGAACUAGCCAACUGGAAGGAGGAGGAAAUGUUCCGCCCCAACAUGUUCUUCCUUUUGCUGCUGCCGCCCAUCAUCUUUGAAUCUGGAUAUUCUUUACAUAAGGGGAACUUCUUCCAGAACAUUGGCUCCAUUACCCUCUUUGCUGUGAUCGGCACAGCUAUCUCUGCCUUCAUAGUCGGGGGAGGUAUCUAUUUCCUUGGGCAGGCUGAUGUGAUCUACAAGAUGACCAUGACUGAUAGCUUUGCCUUUGGCUCGCUGAUCUCAGCUGUGGACCCUGUAGCUACCAUCGCCAUCUUUAACGCCCUCAACGUGGACCCGGUCCUCAACAUGCUGGUGUUUGGUGAAAGCAUCCUCAACGAUGCUGUCUCCAUUGUCCUCACCAACACAGCCGAGGGUUUCUUUUCCCGCUCAGACAACUCCAUGGUAACAGGCUGGGAGACUUUUUUGCAAGCGUUGGGUUAUUUUCUUAAAAUGUUUUUUGGAUCUGCUGCCCUGGGAACCCUCACUGGUCUCAUCUCGGCUCUUUUUCUAAAACACUUUGACCUGAGGAAGACUCCUUCCCUGGAGUUUGGUAUGAUGAUAAUCUUUGCAUACCUACCCUAUGGCCUGGCAGAGGGCAUCAAACUGUCUGGGAUUAUGUCUAUCCUGUUUGCAGGAAUUGUGAUGUCUCACUACACCCAUCAUAACUUGUCUCCUGUAACCCAGAUCCUCAUGCAGCAGACACUGCGCACAGUGGCCUUCAUGUGUGAGACAUGUGUGUUUGCCUUCCUCGGUCUCUCCAUCUUCAGCUUCCCUCAUAACUUUGAAAUAUCCUUUGUCAUCUGGUGCAUAGUCCUGGUUCUUCUCGGCCGAGCAGUGAACAUCUUCCCUCUGUCAUUCCUGCUGAACUUUUUUAGAGACCACAAGAUCACACCCAAAAUGAUGUUCAUCAUGUGGUUUAGUGGUUUGAGAGGAGCUAUCCCGUACGCUUUGAGCCUUCAUCUGGGCCUGGAGCCCAUUGAGAAGCGGCAGCUAAUCGGCACCACCACCAUCAUCAUCGUCCUCUUUACCAUCCUCCUCCUGGGGGGCGGGACCAUGCCACUCAUCCGCAUCAUGGACAUUGAGGCGUCACGGCGUAAGAACAAGAAAGACAUCAAUCUCAGCAAGACAGAGAAAAUGGGUAAUACCAUUGAAUCGGAGCACCUAUCAGAACUGACAGAGGAGGAAUAUGAGGCUCAGAUCUACCAGAGACAAGAUCUGAAGGGCUUUUUGUGGCUUGAUGCUAAAUACCUUAACCCCUUCUUCACUCGCAGGCUUACCCAAGAGGACCUGUUACAUGGUCGGAUCCAGAUGAAGACUCUGACCAACAAGUGGUAUGAGGAAGUUCGCCAGGGACCCUCAGGCUCUGAGGAUGAUGCAGAUGAAGCAGAACUUCUGUGAACUGAAGAAACACUUUCAGUUCACAUGACAAACAAUGACUGGACAUUGUGUAUCCUGGGUAGAGGGAGAGUGUGUGUGUGUUUGUGUGUGUGUGUGUGUGUGUGUGUGUGUGUGUGUGUGUGUGUGUGUGUGUGUGUGUGUGUGUGUGUGUGUGUGUGUGUGUGUGUGUGUGUGUGUCUUUGUGAGUAAAGAGAAGUACUGUUCUCAGUGUCAGUCACAUGCACUUCUUGUUUGUUCACCUGCCAUAAAGUUUAUGUGACAGAAGAGUUUCACUCAAUGCCCACCGUGAAUUUAGUGCACACAACGUGGGCUAGAAUGUGUUAUAUCUUUGUCCCAGUAAAACUGGAUUUGAAAAUUGUGACAGUGGAAGAAGCCAAAAAAAAAAAAUCUGUGAAAAUGUGUGUUCCUCAUAUGAAUUCCAUAUUGUUAUGAGCUGAAGAAACUGACAGGAUAUCUCAAUAAGUGUGUUCUCUACUGAAAAGCACACGGGAAGUUUUGAUGAUCCUGAGAAACUUUUCCAAGGCGUUUCUUUUAGAAAAGGUAGUUCUGAAGGGAAAUCAGCAGGGAAGCUGUGAGGGAAAUUUUCAGCGUAAAGCAAUACUACAGCACCUUUUCACUUUUGCUCUUCACUUUUGUGUUGUUCAUUGCUAUGUGACAGUAGCUCAUUUAAGUUGUGCUGAAGGUUAUACAUGUCGGGGGAGGGACAAACAUAAUGUUGCUACAGGCUCAGUUUUUCAAAGUGAUAUUUGUAAUAAGCCACAAGCUGCUGCUUUGAUUAGCUUCCUGUUGAACUAGAUUUAAUUCUCUCUGGGUCUCCACAUCUGUAUGCAUUAAUGAUUCUGAGUUCAUUUAUUAAGAAAUCAUAUAUUCAUGCAUACAGUAUGUAAUGAAAAUAAUACAAGAGGUGAUGCAUGAAAUACUAAUUCAAUGUCCAUCAACAAGGUAACAAAGAGAAAUGCAGGAGAGAGUUAAAAUUAACAUGCUGGGUAAGACUAAUAAUUUUCAAAACAUUAAACACGUAGUUUACAGGAGAAUAAUAAUGAAUAAUUAUGUAAAUUGGAAACUUCAUUUUCAAGUAGAGUUCCAGUUAGGUUUCCCUAAAUUAACUUUUCUCUGUUUACUUUCAUUCUCUGGUGAGGUUCCUGUCAAUACACUGUGUACAAAGUAGAACUUGAAAUGUUGCUUUUUUGAUUUUCACUGGAUUUCUAAUGAAGAUAGGCACCAAUGAAUGUGUGGGUAACUGGGAAUAUGGUCUGAAUGUUAAUGGCGUUUUUUUUCUAUUUAUUUAUAAAAUGUUAAUGUGCUGUUUGUGGGAUAAAAGCUUUUAUACAAGCUCUAUGCAUUGCAGAAAUUAUAUAAAAAUAUCUAUAAUAAAUCAUAUUGACAUCCUAUUUGCACUAUCAAAU